AGACGACACAGACAAGGUCAAAUAAACUGACUUUCGUCAUUUGACAACAUUCAAUUCACAAUUCGAUUCGACCAACCAACCAAAAAUCGUAGUUUAGGAAAACCCAGUUCCUGUUUCAGAGAGAAAAAGCAUUGAAAAUGGUGUUCAACAGCUUGCUCGUGGUAUCGGUGGCACACGUGUCGGCCGAUGCCUGGCAAUGCCUGGCUUGCUUCCCUGAGCGGCUCAGUAGUCGCCAGCUAUUGAAUCUCGUCUUCUGCCUCCCUUUGCAGCAACUGGGUCGCUUUGCUCUUUGCUUAUGGACCUUUCUUUGUCUUCCUCCUUCAGAUUCGUUCUACUCCUAUUCUUACUCUUCUGAUUCGGAUGAUUCAUCCACCACCCGUGAUUAUGAUGACUAUUAUUACCAUUCGCAUUCUGAUUGAGACGCUUUUGUACAGCAUUCGCAUGGAGUCGAAAGUUGCCGGGUUGGAGGUAGAUUACUUGGAUAAACUUUCUGCCUAGUGAUACACUGUUUGGUUUUACUGGAAUUGGAGAGGGUAUUUUGCUCAUCAGUCUUAGGCUUUGUGGUUAAUUAGACGAUGUGUUAAAUUUAUUUUGAAUAAGAUUAGUUAUGUCAUAGUUCUAUGUGUGAAAUAGAAUGAAUGAUGUAAUGUAGUGAUAAAGUCAGCAUCCAGAUGAAACUCAGUCUUGUGUAUUUGGUUUUUUAGUUUUGAUAAAUAAAGAAAAAAAAAGUUACUUCAUAAUAACAUAGCAAAAAACUAUCCAAACUUA